GCUUGGUAUCGCUGUAGUCGUUAAUCGGUUUCGCCUGGGUUUUGGAGGGAGACGGGGAGCCUGCGAAGAGCUGACGGGUGGUCUCGGUCUCGGAUGGUGAAACACUGUUCAGAUUGUUUAUCGAUAUAGUGUGAAAAUGAGCAGCUAAUAAUAUGUUAUUGGACCGAUGACAUUGAGCGUGAACUGAGUUUUCGUAUUGUCUUGUUUGUUGGUUAAAAUCGAUAUGCCUUACCAAGGAGUUGCUUUCUUUUUUGUGUUGGGGGUGGGAAUUGCCACAGCAGCUUUAAUGUAUUUGUUACGAGAACAAGAACGCCAAGAACAACCCCACGGAUACAGUAGAACUCAAGGAAAUGAAUACUAUGAACGUGAAUUUCCACCAUUAAAUUAUCAAAGCUCAAACGAUUCAUCUAACACAUCUCAGAGAAGACGACGAAGAAGGCCAAAUAAUGCAAGUGGGUCCUGCCCAGUGUGUGCUGUUUGCAUUGAGGAAAUGGAUGAUACUGGGCUGUGUAGAAGGUUACGUUGUGGUCAUAGUUUUCACAGAGAAUGCAUUGAUCGUUGGGCCUUGCGUAGUCAAAAACCUGCUUUGGGUAAAGAUGCUCUGCUUAAAAGUUUAAUAUAA